CGGGGCCGCGCGCCCCGACGCUCGCCCAAGCUCGCGCCGGCUCCGAGGCGCUUCGGCCGCCGGGGACCUGAGGGACGCCGGGCGAGCGCCGCAGUCAGCGCGGGGAGCCGGGAUAUUUCAACAAGGAAGAAGUCACUGUCCUCCUAAGAUGGAAUCUGCGAUUUGGGAAUGUGGUUGAUCAAGUUGAUAUAUUGGCCAGAUGUGCCCCAUGUAAUAAAAUGAAGAGAAGAGACAAGAUGAUGUCAUUUUCCCACAUUGUGAAACCAAAAACAAAUGCCUUUUGUGAGACCAAGUUAGCAAACCUCUGAUGGUGCAAAGAGGUUUUAGCUGUUUGAAGAACUUAACAGUAAGAUACAGAAGAAGAGCUUUCAAGCCGAGACCUGCAGGUGUAUAUUGAUCUAAGAUACAUAUUGAGUAGGCCUGAUAUCCGAAUCUCAUUCAGAUCCAGGAAGAAUGGCUGUGAGUUGGAUCGACCUUUAUCUCUGGCUCUUGACCGUGUUUGUGAGGCGUAUAGGUGGGCACAGCUUGUUUUCUUGUGAGCCUAUUACCCUGAGGAUGUGCCAAGAUUUGCCUUACAAUACUACCUUCAUGCCUAAUCUUCUGAAUCACUAUGACCAGCAGACAGCAGCUUUAGCAAUGGAGCCCUUCCACCCUAUGGUGAAUCUGGAUUGUUCUCGGGAUUUUCGGCCAUUUCUUUGUGCACUCUAUGCCCCUAUUUGUAUGGAAUAUGGACGUGUCACACUUCCCUGUCGUAGGCUGUGCCAACGGGCCUAUAGCGAGUGUUCAAAGCUCAUGGAGAUGUUUGGUGUUCCCUGGCCUGAAGAUAUGGAAUGCAGUAGGUUUCCAGAUUGUGAUGAGCCAUAUCCUCGACUUGUGGAUCUGAAUUUAGUUGGCGAUCCCACUGAAGGCGCCCCAGUGGCAGUGCAGAGGGACUAUGGUUUUUGGUGUCCCCGAGAGCUGAAAAUUGAUCCUGAUCUUGGUUAUUCUUUCUUGCACGUGCGCGAUUGCUCACCGCCAUGUCCAAAUAUGUACUUCAGGAAAGAAGAGCUGUCCUUUGCGCGCUAUUUCAUAGGAUUGAUUUCGAUCAUUUGCCUGUCUGCCACGCUGUUUACUUUUUUAACCUUUUUGAUUGACGUCACAAGAUUCCGUUACCCUGAAAGGCCUAUAAUAUUUUAUGCGGUCUGUUACAUGAUGGUAUCGCUAAUCUUCUUCAUUGGGUUUUUACUUGAGGACCGCGUAGCCUGCAAUGCAUCCAGUCCUGCUCAGUAUAAGGCUUCCACAGUGACCCAAGGAUCUCAUAACAAAGCCUGUACCAUGCUGUUCAUGGUGCUCUACUUUUUCACUAUGGCUGGCAGUGUGUGGUGGGUCAUUCUUACCAUCACGUGGUUUUUAGCAGCUGUGCCAAAGUGGGGUAGCGAAGCUAUCGAGAAGAAGGCACUGCUGUUUCAUGCCAGCGCAUGGGGCAUCCCUGGAACUCUCACUAUCAUCCUCUUAGCCAUGAAUAAAAUCGAAGGUGACAACAUUAGUGGCGUGUGUUUUGUUGGCCUCUACGAUGUUGAUGCAUUAAGAUAUUUUGUUCUUGCACCCCUCUGCCUGUAUGUGGUAGUUGGGGUUUCCCUUCUGUUAGCUGGCAUCAUAUCUCUAAACAGAGUUCGAAUUGAGAUUCCACUAGAGAAGGAGAACCAAGACAAACUAGUGAAGUUCAUGAUCCGGAUUGGCGUGUUCAGCAUCCUUUAUCUCGUCCCACUCUUGGUUGUUAUUGGGUGCUACUUUUACGAGCAAGCUUACCGUGGCAUCUGGGAAACAACAUGGAUCCAAGAGCGCUGCAGAGAAUAUCACAUCCCGUGUCCGUACCAGGUUACUCAGAUGAGCCGUCCCGACCUGAUCCUCUUUCUGAUGAAGUAUCUAAUGGCUCUCAUUGUUGGCAUUCCCUCUAUUUUUUGGGUUGGAAGCAAAAAGACAUGCUUUGAAUGGGCCAGUUUUUUUCAUGGUCGCAGGAAAAAAGAGGUAGUGAAUGAGAGCCGGCAAGUGCUCCAGGAACCUGACUUUGCUCAGUCGCUCCUCCGGGACCCAAAUACUCCUAUCAUAAGAAAAUCGAGAGGAACUUCCACUCAAGGAACAUCCACACAUGCUUCUUCAACACAGCUGGCCAUGGUGGAUGAUCAGAGAAGCAAAGCAGGGAGUGUCCACAGCAAAGUGAGCAGCUACCAUGGCAGCCUCCACAGGUCACGUGACGGCAGGUAUACACCCUGCAGUUACCGAGGGAUGGAAGAGAGACUACCUCACGGCAGCAUGUCGCGACUGACAGAUCACUCUCGGCACAGUAGUUCUCAUCGGCUCAAUGAACAGUCACGACACAGCAGCAUCAGAGAUCUCAGUAAUAACCCCAUGACUCACAUCACACAUGGCACCAGCAUGAAUCGUGUUAUUGAAGAGGAUGGAACCAGUGCUUAGUCUGUCUUGUCUAAGGUGAAAAUGUGUGCUGUUAAAAAGCAGGUUUGUUCUUUGCCUUCGCAUGACUAGCUGCUGUAACGCACUGACAUCCUGCUUUCAAUGGGGGAGAGUAUGUCCGCGGGGAAGGCAGAGCUUUGCUUUAUAUCACGUCAGACUUGAAACAUCAACACAUCCAAAACAUGAGUCAUAUCAUCACAAAAGUAAUUAUUUCUAGGUCGUGAAGAGAUGUGAUUGUCUGGUAAACAUUUCUAUAAGCCCACUUAUUUUAUAUUUAGAAAAAUCCUGUAUGUGUGGUGAUUGCUCUGUAGUGAAUUUUCAUAUAAACUAGUUGUGAGAUAACAUUCUGGUGGUUCUGUUAACAAAACAAAGUUUCAGAAUUGAAGGAAUUUUCUAUGCAAGGGUUAUUUCUCAGAUGAAUAAUAGGACUUUGUAGUUUUAUUGCCAGUAAGUGGGGAAAAAAAAGAACUGUUUUUAAAGUAUAGAAGACUUUGAUAAACCAGCAAGGGUAUUUUAGCUAAUAGGGAGGUUCUCUCGAAACUCUAUCAAAUCUUCAUCCAGAGAUAAGCAGGAUUUGGAUUAGCACUGGAAUAAGUCAGAGAUGAGCAUUUUCGCCUAGAGUUGUAUUGUUUUUACUUUUGUAAAUAUUACUUUUAUGGGCUAUGUUUUUAUAAUAUCCAUAUGCAUGAUGGAGAAGUUUUAAUUUGUGCCCAUCUUUUCCCAGGUAAUAGUAUUGAUUCAUAAAGAACUUCAUGUUCAGAUCUGUUCUAUGGAGGCAUGCAUUAAGAUAAACAUCACACAUAAGGUUUUUUUUGUGGUAAACACAAUUACAAAGUAGCAAAAUAUUUUCUCUGUAUUCAUGUAUUUUUCUGCAAUGAGAUGUGACCUUGCCAAAGCCAUCAGACCUUGGUGUCCAGGCCUUCCUAUAGUGAGCUGAUUGUCUGCACCCCAACCCCCAGUAGCCCAUUGGCUAUAGCUUGUGCCCCAUAUCCCUAUUUUCAGUUUCUGGAUCAUUGUUUUUUACAACUGAAAUAUAUAUAUAUACAUACAAUCUACA